CGCCCGAACCGCGAGAUUUCAGUGCGUUCAAUUGAAUAGUAAAACUUAUCAGAAAAGGUGUUUUUACAAGAUAUAGCCCUUCAUAUUUAGUAAUUUUAAGAGAAUUUUCGGUGGUUGUUUUGUUGCUAAGGUAACCAAAUCUCUGGUUGCUUCAGAUACGCCUGCGGUAAACAACUUAUUUGGUGCAGACUUCAACCAGAACUCAGAAAAUGACGGACUUGGAUAAGAUAGAGAUCCGCGAUGUGACCCGCAUCGAACGCAUUGGAGCGCAUUCGCACAUUCGUGGACUUGGGCUGGACGAUGUGCUCGAGGCGCGUGCCGUUUCCCAGGGUAUGGUCGGUCAGAAAGAGGCCCGCCGAGCUGCCGGCAUAGUGGUGCAGAUGGUGCGCGAGGGUAAAAUUGCCGGUAGGUGCAUACUGCUGGCAGGUGAACCGAGUACGGGUAAAACGGCCAUCGCCGUCGGUAUGGCGCAGGCACUGGGAAACGAAACACCCUUUACUAGUAUGUCCGGCUCGGAGAUUUACUCGUUGGAGAUGAACAAAACCGAAGCACUGUCGCAGGCACUGCGGAAGAGUAUCGGUCUAAGGAUCAAGGAGGAAACAGAAAUUAUCGAGGGUGAGGUAGUGGAAAUCCAGAUUGACCGACCAGCCACCGGAACCGGGCAGAAGGUGGGCAAGGUGACGAUGAAAACGACCGACAUGGAGACCAACUACGAUCUGGGCAACAAGAUUAUCGAAUGUUUCAUCAAGGAAAAGAUUCAGGCGGGCGAUAUUAUAACCAUCGAUAAAGCGUCCGGCAAGGUGUCGAAGCUGGGAAGAAGCUUCACGCGUGCCCGUGACUACGAUGCCACCGGGUCCCAGACUCGUUUCGUGCAGUGUCCGGAAGGUGAGUUGCAGAAGCGCAAGGAAGUCGUUCACACGGUUUCGCUGCACGAGAUCGAUGUUAUCAAUAGCCGGACACACGGCUUUCUGGCGCUAUUCUCCGGCGAUACGGGUGAAAUCAAGCAGGAGGUACGCGACCAGAUCAACAGCAAGGUAAUCGAGUGGCGCGAAGAAGGUAAGGCCGAAAUCAAUCCGGGCGUAUUGUUCAUCGAUGAGUGUCACAUGCUCGACAUCGAAUGCUUCUCGUUCCUCAACCGAGCACUGGAGAGUGACAUGGCACCGGUGGUGGUGAUGGCCACCAAUCGCGGUAUUACAAAGAUUCGGGGCACCCAGUACCGUAGCCCGCACGGCAUUCCGAUCGAUCUGCUCGACCGUAUGAUUAUCAUUCGGACCGUGCCGUACACGGAGAAGGAGAUUAAAGAAAUUCUCAAGAUUCGCUGCGAGGAGGAAGAUUGUCAGAUCAAUAGCGACGCACUGAUGGUGCUUGGACGCAUUGCGACGGAGACGAGCCUGCGUUACGCGAUCCAGUCCAUCACCACGGCCAGUCUGGUGAGCAAGCGGCGGAAGGCGGCUGAAAUAACCGUGGACGACAUUCGCAAGGUUUACUCGCUGUUCCUGGACGAAAAGCGGUCGAGCAAGAUUUUGAAAGAAUACCAGGACGAGUAUCUGUUCUACGACGACAGCCUACCAAAGUCGGGUUCGGAUGGCCAGCAAACGCAGGCGAUGGAGGUUGAGGGCAACUAGGUUUACAAAGCAUCAUUCAUGCGGACAUUCAAUUCCAUGCGAGCGAAGAAAGCAUCUAAACUAUGUUUGAAAAUAAACAGUACAAUAAACUGGAAAAUAAUUUUUGUUUUAACCAUAGAGAAGAGGCAGAGGUUCUGGCGAUAGUGUGGUAAACAUUUUUAAAUAAUUUAAUCAAUUUGUUUCAUCUGUUCUUAUAACAAUCACUCUCAAACUAUCGUAAAUAUCACGAAACAGGGAGAAGUUACAACAAAACGAAACAUAACCCGAGUGCAAACAGUAAUA